UCCCAUUGGCCGCCGCGGCCGUGCCUGGCGGGCAGUGCGCAUGCGCGGGGUGUGGCGCGGAGGUUUGAACUGCGGGGCGGUUGGAGCCGGCGCUGACGGGAGGGAACCGGCUCUCUGAUGUUCUUCAACUGUUGGAUGUUGAUCUAUUUUCUUGCCUCUUCGUAACUGAAGGAUUGGAACCCACAUGACAAAUGAGUAAAAUUCUCCAGUCUCAGCUGAGAGUCUGAAAAGAUGCAGCGAAGACAGAGUUUUAAGACCCAAAAGCAGCCUCUGCAAGUUCACCAUAAAAAUCAAACUGAUCUCUCUGCAUGGCGAAAAGGAGGGAGAAUUGACCCUGAAAAAAAUGUCCAGAAUCAUCAAUCUCCUAACAAUCAGAAAAAUGACAGCAAGCAAGGCUCCCUUGAGCAAGCUUUGAGCUACUUUGAGAAAGUUCAAGACCGAGUUUCACUGAAAAAGAACAGUGUUCUGCAGAAACACUUGACUACUGUGGAAAGCAUUGCCCUGCAAAGUGGGUUACCCCCUGAAGCAUUUGAUGUAUUGCUAAACGUGGCACUCAGUGGCAAACUUGCUGAUACGGUGAAUGCUCGCUUACUGAAGAGCCUGCUUCCAGCCUCAGUAAUACCAGAAACUUCAGUGGUUUCAUCUGUAUCUUGGCUCUGUGUCAGCAAAUGCUCAGGCAACAUCCAGCUGCUUUUUUUAAGAUGGCUGAUCGCGGUGUUUGACUUCAUUGAUCACAAGGAACAACUUCAUGCCCUCUAUGGUUUCUUCUUUUCCUUCCUGCAAGAUGAGAAGAUGUGCCCCUAUGUCUGCCACUUGCUCUACCUGCUGACCAGGAAAGAAACUGUCAAGCCUUUUCGGAUUAGGAGACUGCUUGACCUCCAAGCAAAAAUGGGAAUGCAGUCUCAUCUGCAGGCUCUACUAUCACUUUACAAACUCUACUGUCCUGAGCUGGUGACCAUAACCCUUCCUGGGAAAAUGAAGACUUACUUCAAGAAUUCAGAGGGCCCAUGGAAAGCAGGAAUCAACACAGUAAGGCGAAGAAACCAGGAAAACUCUCCAGUGUUCCAACCACUGUUUUUAGGCACAGCCCAACCUCAGUCACGAAAAAGGAAAUGGAAUACCCAGUUGAUUAUACCUGCGAGCAGUACAAACACAAAUAAUUUAGAAGAGGACGAGAAAAAGAGCUGUGUUGAUUUGUACAGUAUGAGUGAGUCUUUUCGAGUGGAGCAGCUGCAGACCUUUUCUCAGCUCCUACAAAAUAUCCACCAUCUAGAAUUUCCUUCCCAGAUGGGUUCAGUGCUAACAAACCCUUUAUUGCUUCACUACAUGAAUUGCAUCAAAGAUGAAUCUAUUUACCUGAGGCUCUACUAUUGGAUGGGCCAGACUCUUCAGGAAGAAUGCACCUGGUGUGCCGUUGACAAUAACCAAGAUGAAGAAGAAUUCAAGGACUUCCUGGAAACUGUCUACAAGACCGAGUGUUUCUUGCAGGAGGGAUUUUCUUCAUGUGAAGAGUUCCUGUAUAAGAGCCUUCCUCUCUGGGAUGGCUUCUGCUGCCGAUCACAAAUCCUCAGACUUGUGAGUUGGAUUCCCCUCGGCAGCUUCUCUGAAAUAAAGUCACAUCUCUAUGAUCCCCUGGCACAGUUCUUUUUCACAUCGUCCCUUUACUUUAAGUGCAGUAUUCUUGAGUGCCUGAAAGAGCUGUUGCAGAAUUGGUUAAACUGGCAUGUGAUUCAUCUGGAUUCAGAGUCUGACUCUCAAGUCCAUUCUUCGAAUACCACCCAUUCUGAACUACUGAACGUGGUGGCUGAACUAAUCCACUUUGUUGGAUGGAUCUCUACUGUUGCGUUGCGUUUGGAAAACAAUCCUACUUUCUUGCUAUACUUCAUCCUGGAUUUCUAUGAGACAGCGAGUGACAUGUAUCUGAGGUACAAUCUGCCUUUGUUGAUAAUGCCUCCUGCUGGAGUUUUCUACCCAGCACUUCUCAGCAUGGAUUCUGUCAGCUUGAAUCAGCUCUGCUACAUUAUGUACAGGUAUCGAACCAACUUGGUGGCUGCAAAAGAAAAUGAGCUGAGUAAAAAGGGAACAGUGCAAUUCAGGUUCAGUAACCAGACAUACCAAGAGUACAAUCAGUACAUAACAGCUAUGGUGGGUUGUCUGUGGACAUCCAGUGUAUUCCAGAAGGAUAUUCACCCUCAAGGUCUUCGUAUGGAUGAUGAACUGCUGAAGAAAACUGCAGUGCAGGAAUUCAAAAACAGCUUUAACAUUGUCUACCACCCAGCCAUGAUGGGCUAUGCUGUCCUCUUCCUGCAGCAGGCUUGGCCAGACGAUACCACCUUCAACUUCAGUUUAAUUAAGGGAAAGAAGUGGAACUGGUAUCUGGAAUAUCUCUAUGCACAUGGUUUAAAGGGCCUGAAGGUCUUUAUUGAAAGCAGCAUCAAUCGUGUUUCCCAGGCCUCUCACAGUAAAGCAGGGAAUGUGCAAGUGUGACCCUGGGACUCACUGGAGCCUUUUUAUCAUAUGGAACAGGAAAGCAGAAUAUAAUGGACAGUGUUACUAAGUCUUCCUUCUUCAGAGGAAAGAAACAGAGCAAUUACACUUGUCUGCAUUUUUGUACUGACAUCUGUUUUAGGAAAGUGAAGACACAGAAGGAAUGCUUAGGCUGGCUUGGUUCACUAACACUGAACCCCCUCUUGUACCUGUUGAACUUCUCUGGUCUGAAGCUGCUAAGCUUAUAUGUUAUGUAUCAUCCACAUUUUUCAUCCUUAUUUUUCUCUGUUGGAGUAAUUGCUUUGAUUGAGAAACAAACAUUUUCCAUCUCAAAACUGCAGUGAGCAGUGCUGCUUCAUUUAUAACUAAUGUUGAUCCCUGACCUGCUUUGCCUUCCUCGACAGUAGGUUAUGAGAAACAAUUUAAUCAGCCUUUCAGGGAUACCAUAUAUGUACUGGAUUGGAGCACUACGAGUUUACCAAUUCCCUGUUGUACCGUGUAUAUACUGGCUUCUAACAGGCUGACCAAACUGACCUUCCUGAACUUCAUUUUCGUUAUGAAGCUUGCAAAAGAGACUUUUUGCUAACAUUGCUUCUAAUGUUCUUCUAAUGAAGCUGGAAAAUUUGGUGCUCAGUUGAUGGUUUGUUGAUGGUGUAUUGAUGAUUGAGCACUUGGAACAGUGUCGCCACCAGCUCACCAUUUUCUAUUGAUAAGUGCAAAUGUAGUUUUCCCGUUUGUGGUUUUAGCUCUGUAUGUGUUGUAUAUUAUACGUGUACAUAUAUAUAAUUUAUAUUCUGUAAAAUGUUUCCAACAUGCCGUUUUGAAGGAACUCUGCUACAAAAUGUAUCUUCUCCUGUCAAUUCAUUUUAACACUGAGUAGAAGUUGGGAGAAGCUGAACUCAGGUCUCCAAAAUCUGAGUGAACUUUAUUUCACUGCUGUAAAACGAGAUUGUAACCACUUGAAAGAUGGGUCAGAGUAUACUGAAUGUUGCAUUUUGAAUCUGUACUUUGAUCCUGUAAAGGAAUCAGUCCUGAGAGUGACUCCAGAGCCACUAACGAUGUGUUUGGUUUUUUCAUCCUCUCAAAAUCAUACUGGCUCUAGGUUGAGUACCAUACUUCUCAGCUCAAAUAGAUGAUCUGGUUAAUAUGUGUAUAUAUAUUUAUAUGUGUAUAUAUAUUCUCCAGAGAAUAAGAAAAUCUUUCACUGAAGACUUUGAAAGAAAGAGAUUUGCAGAGAGAUCUGCUUAGACUAAAGUAUUGCUCUUUCUCAUCUGGCUGUGUUAUUCCAGCUAGUAUAAGUGGAAUGCUUAUAAUUUCUGUCAAGAGAAACAGAUCUUCAAAAACCCUGAUUUUAUUUUCUCAACAGGGGAAACUUCACAAAUUACAAAUUCCUCCAAGUGGCUAUGUUUCAAGAUGUGGUCCUAACAUAGAACCAGUUAUCUCCUUUAAAGGCUGGUACUAUUGUUUUGGACCUGCUCAGCUUGUUGGCUGAGGACUGUCCCAACACCACUGGCUGGCAAUCCCUGUCAUAGUGUUGCCUGUUGUUUGUUAGACUCGUUAAAGGUUUCAGCUAAGGACCCAAGAAGUAGACCUCUAGCUCCAUACUUGUUUUUAUAGUUUUUCUAUGAAGCUACCUUCAGAAAGAUAUUGGAAAUGCUAGCACUUACACUGGAAAGCCUGUGUACUGCAUUCCAUAAGGACAACUUAAUCCUUAGCUCUUGUCCUUACGCCAUACAAUUGUCUUCAGAUGUUGACCAGACUUGUACUUCCAUAUUGCUGCACUGGGAUUCUGUAUAGGAAUAGGGCUGGAGGGAUUGACAGCCCUAGGGAAACAUGAGAUGGAGACAUGGACCCAGUUAUGGAUCUGUGUAUGGCAGACUCAUUCAGUGGGGAAAGGAGAAAAUACAGAACACUUUGAAGAAGCAUUUAGUUCUGGCUAGGAAGACAGUCUUCAUGUUACCUGGGUGCUGUUUUGAGUUUAUGUGGAAGGAGCAGAGCUCUGUAUCAUUCCUGUCAGACUAGAAGGUGCUGCCAAAGUCUUCAUUUCGGUUGUGAAAGGUGCCUAGAUUCGUAAGAGUGUGUGAUGUAUGUAAAUGUAUUUAAAGAGUCUUAUAGCAGAAUCCUUUAGGAUAUAAUGAAUGUUGUAUAGUUAUUGGUCCCUGAGAUCAGUUUUCCCUUGAGGUUGGUGUUUGGUUGAGAAAACACAGAACAAGCAUCACAGGUCUUUUAUUAUACCCUGUGUUACAAAAGUCUUCAAACAAAUUAUGGACAAUUUUGUCAUUCAGGUGCACAGGCUGGAUGCUUAGAGGUGCAGAAAUAAAGAAACAGGGCAGAUAAUUUUCCUUUAAUGUCAGCUUUGUUGGCCAAGAUGGCUGUUUAAAAUCCUUCCCAUGCAGCAAUGAUGUGCCUAGGUAUUACUGAUCACUUGAGAUGACUUUUAGCCUCUUUGUACACCUUGGUAGUUCUUGUCGUCUUUCACAGCUGGAUAUUUUUUCUUUUUUCUCUAAAUGUCUGACUUUACUAACAUUCCACUUGAAUGGAAGAAUGGUCCUUUUAGGGAGGAAUGUGCUGCUGUACCUCUUCCUUCCUCCCCUGCCCCACGCUUUACCAUCUAAUCACCAUGGUAAAUUUUGUAGACCAUUUUCUAUUACAGGCAUGUGCUCAGAGACUUGGCUGACCACAGCAUCUGCUCUGAGGACUAAAAUGCAGAUAGUUGAGACCCAUCCAUUUCAUGGUAAGUGACAAAUCAGUGAUUUACUUCUAGUGCCUGUUUCUGCCCAUUGUAAGGUGCUGCCUGUAUGUAUACACUAUGAAACUAGCAGAAACAACUGUUUUGUGGUACUAUUUGAUAGGAAUGAUGCAGGAUGAAAAGUUCAUUUAAGGCUCGCUCACAUGUUGUCAACCAGCACCCCAGAAUAUUUCAGUUUAGGUCAGGCCUGCAACCUCCCUCCGAGGGUAUUAUAUUCAACAUGAUUCACUAGAAAGAAAGUGCAUGCUUUCAUGUCACUUGGGUCUGCUCUUGAGUGUUUUUUCUUUCUAGAGGAUGCUGUUUCAAGGUCCAAAUUUCUAGUGUCAGCAGAUCUCAGGGAAUGCUGGUUUGUGUCCUGUCUACCUGUCAAUAAAAGUUGAUGACUUGCUCCAA